AUGGAAGACCAUCAAAGCGAGGAAGAUGUCUCGGAACAUCUCCUCAGCCAGCACAAAGAGGCGGUGUCGCUCGUAUCCCAACGAAUUGCCAGCUUCCAUGCCCGCCAAAUCGCCUUUCGCAUCUUCCAUGGCAACACCAACUCGACUCGCCUUAGCGACCGCACACGGGACGCUACAGUCGACAUCUCGACACUUGACAAUGUCAUCUCCAUCUCGCCAGCGAAACGCACAUGUCUACUUGAGCCUAACGUCCCCAUGGAUCGGCUUGUCACCGCCACUCUGCAGCACGGCUUGGUACCUCCCGUUGUCCCAGAGUUCCCGGGCAUCACAGUCGGAGGUGGCUUCGCUGGCACGGCAGGCGAGAGUAGCAGUUUCAAGUAUGGUUUCUUUGACAAGAGCGUGACCUGGUUCGAGGUGGUCCUUGCGGACGGAGAAGUCGUGACGGCCUCAGAGACUGAGAGGACAGACUUGUUUCACGGAAUGGCCGGAACAUUCGGCUCAUUGGGGGUCAUUACUCUGUUCGAGAUACGUUUGAUUCCGGCAAAGGAGUUUGUCGAACUGUCAUAUAUUCGCGUUGGAGGCAUCGAACAGGCGCAAGAAGUGAUCAGGCAGGUCACAAAGCAGGCAGAUGUGGAUUUCGUGGACGGGAUCAUGUUCGCUCCUGAAAAGGGCGUUAUGCUACUAGGCCGACUCACUGAACGAGACGAGAAGAACAAGGACCUACCGCUCGCGACAUUCACCAAGCCUUGGGAUCAGUGGUUCUAUCUCCACGCCGAAGAAAGAAUGAACACUACCGAAGCCACGACCCAUAUAACGGACGCUUCCCCGUCCUCACCAUUCGCUCCACGCGACCUAAUCCCAUUGAAGGACUACCUCUUCCGGUACGACCGUGGUGCAUUUUGGACCGGCCGGUUUGCAUACAGGUACUUCUGCGUCCCCUUCACGCGCUCGUUUCGCUGGCUGGCAGACUACUUCAUGCACACGCGCGUAAUGUACCACGCUUUACACCGUUCCGGUCUAUAUCAGCGCUUCAUCAUCCAAGACAUGGCCCUCCCGAACAAAAACAUUCCCGAAUUUUCUCGGUGGUUGGACCAGGAAUUGCCGCAUAUCUACCCGCGCUGGCUGUGUCCCUUGAGGCAUGGUGAAAGCGUGAGCAUGAAUCCCCAUCUUCGUAACCUGACUUCACCAGCCGUGGAAUCCCCUCCAACCCCGACCUCGAGAAUGGCAUCGGACCCCAAAUUAAAGAGCAAUGAGGACGAUGAUUUCGCCAACGCGCUCCUGAACAUCGGCGUCUGGGGCGAAACACCCGCUCAUACCCUCCACGUCACCAUCAACCGCCUCAUCGAGAGCAAACUGAAAUCCCUGGGCGGCAUGAAGUGGCUGUACGCCCAGACAUUCUACACCGAAGCCGAAUUCUGGUCCAUCUACGAUAAGAAGUGGUACGACGACUUGAGAAAGAAGUACCAGGCCGACGGACACAUCCCGAGCGUGUACGACAAGGUCAGGACAAAGGACAUCUUCGAGGUCGACGCUGAGGGGAAGGUGUUGGGCGACGCCCGCAUGCCUGUUGAAAAAGGUUUUUGGAGCGUCUGGCCCAUUGCGGGAGUUUACGGGGUUCUGAGCGCGUUGAAGGGCGGCGAUUAUUUGCGGAAGCGAUGA